CACAGGAACCCAUAAAGCAGCUGCCUGGCUUUCUUUCUUGUUUACUUCAACACCCUUUCGCUUCCCUCUGUUUAUUGCUUCUUCUUCGUGGGUUUCACGUGCGUCCGUGUUGGGGUGUCUUUUCCUCUGUCUUCGUGGUAUAUUGAAAACCAUGAAAAGCAAUCGUCUUGGAAGUGGAAUAGGCCAGAUUAGCAGGAAAGGCGUGGAGGAGGCAGCUACUCAAGUCACUCGGGGGGAUUUGAUAUGGGUCAGGCUCAAUGGUGGCUCGUGGUGGCCUGCACAGGUUGCUGGUGAGAAUACUGUCAAUGGGGGCAUUAAACUCAGAAAUAAAUCAGCGGGGGAAGUUCUUGUUAGGCUCUAUGGAAGCUAUAAAUACUUGUAUGUGGAUCCUGUAAAAUGUCAUUCUGAGUUUGAGCUAAUGCUCGAGCAGAAUAAUGGUUGCCGUCGGAAAAUUUUUGAGAAAGCCCUGGAGCAGGAUUGUCCUCGCUCAAAAUAUGGUAGAUCGAAGAGACGAGGAGCCAAAUCUAAGGAAAAUGUAGGAAUUGACGCAUCUAGAGAUAAGUCCAAUCAAAAUCAAGUCAAGGAUCAGGAUAUAGAAGCCUCAAAUUAUGUAAGGGUUUCUCCAAGAGGGCAUCCUCCAACAUUUACACCAAAAAUGAAGGUGAAGAAUGGAAGUUCCAGAAAAGCUGAGGAAGCCAAAAAUGAGGCCUCUAAGCAAGAUGGGAUGAAGAAGAAUCUUAAACCAAAUAGCUCAAUCUCUGAGGAGAGGGCAGCAGAAAAUAUAACCUCUAAACAAGAUAGGAGGUUGCUAAGGAAUCUCAAACAGUUUCGGUCAAGUGGUGAGGAAAAAAAAUCUAAGCAAAAUGUGGUGCAGAAGACGAGUCGAAGGGCCAAGGAAGAGGCAAGAAUUAAAAUCUCUAUGCAAGGGGCAUGCCAGAGUCUCAAGCGAAAGAGCCCAAGUACUGACGAACAACUAGAUAACAAGCCAAAUAGUAGCAAAAACUUUAAGCAAGUUGAGGUGCAGAAUAAUCUCAGGACAAAGCACGCAGGCACUGAGAAAGGGAAGGAAUGCAAAAUUUCUGUUCAAGAUGUGCAGAAAAAGGCUAAGCCAAAUAACCAAAGCACUGAGGAUGAUGCAAAAAUUAGAACCUGUAAGCAAGAUGAGGUGCUGAAGAAAAACAAGUUAAAUAGCCCAUGCUCUGAAACAACUUUAUUUGGAAAGUCCCAAGAACUGAGUGCCCGAAGAAUGAAAGUGAUGCAAAGUCUUGGUCUGAUUGCUCCUUCUGGGUCACCAUUCCACAAAAAUGGACACUUUUGUCUGAGUUUGUGCUAAUUGCUGGUACUGAUCCAUUAUUAUUGUACACUUUUAUCGAGACAUGUAUUUGGUUUACUUUUUCUUUUGUAUUAGAACUUUAAAAAAUGAGAACCUUUU